UUAUAUUUUAGUAUUAUGGUUUAGAUUUAUGUUUUAAUAGAUUCUUUAUUUAAUUAUUAUUAAUUUCUAUUUACCUAUUGAAGAUUUUCAGUGUAAUUCCAUUUCGUUACUCUACAGAUAAUGUCAUUAAAUAUGUAGUAUAUCAGAGUUUGAUAAGCUUAGAGUUACGUUUAUUGGGACAUUAUUUUAUCAUAACAGUUCUGUAUGCUUAAUUCAAUGCAUAUUAUAGUUUGGGAAGUAUCAUCCAAAAUAUGUUUAUUUUAUUUAACAUUAAGAGUCUUGUCACUAGCGAAUCAACUAAUAUUACUUGAUCCAAUGAGAAUUUACCUUUUAGCUAUUAUAUUCGUGACAUUUGCAGCCUUCAUUCACGGUCAGGAAACAUAUGAUACGAAAGAGAUAUCUACCCAACUUCACUCAAAUUUCGACGAACCAGAGCUUUGUUUGGCAGUAAUUUAUAAUCCAAAACUUUUCAGUCUUAUUUUUUACUAUUCCAACAGCUGUAUUAGAUACGACUAUGACACAAUAGAUGAAGACGAACAAGUUUGGACAACACGUCGUGGGAAAGUGACCCUUAAACCAAAGGCAAUAUUUCAUGCUAAAUUAGCCCGCUUAGUAGACUACUUUGGUUAUGAUCACGGAGAAUAAUUAUUCUUUUGCUUUAAUAUUAUUAUUUCUAUAAUACUUUAUAUUGUUUCAAUAUAAUAUUAUUUUGGUGAUCUUCAAAAGAUAAGCUCUUUCUUAUGCCGAUAGAGAAUUUGGCAAGCUGGUGCAACUUACACUACUUCAAUUCCAAAAAUUUGCAUAUCUAGUUUCUGCUUAGUACCAUUUUUGUAGGUAGUGUAGUUUU